CGUUUCGUUUCAACCGAAUCUCAUUUCGUUUCUCUGUGUGUGAGUUGACAGUUUGGUUGGAUCAGUGCUACACUUCAUCUUGUUUAAAUUGAUUAAACUGAUUGAUUUAAAUUAUAAUGUCUCAACCCAAGAAAUCUGUGUUGUUUGUUUGCCUGGGAAAUAUAUGCCGCUCUCCGAUAGCAGAAGCAGUUUUUGUAAAGCAACUUAAAGAUGCUGGAAAAUAUGAUGAUUGGAUUGUUGAUAGUGCUGCGAUUGGCAGUUGGCAUGUUGGAAAAAAUCCAGACAGGCGAGCCAUCUCAGUCUUGACCAAACACCAAGUGCCCACCAAUCACAAAGCUAGACAGGUAAAAAAAGCAGACUUUUCAGAGUUUGAUUACAUUUUUGGAAUGGAUGACGACAACAUUGAUGACCUCAAAUCCAUGGCACCUGCUAGUUUUAAAGCCAAAAUAGAAAUGCUCUCGAAAUAUGAUGAUGCAGAACGGACAAUAAGAGACCCAUACUAUGACAGUGGUGAAGAAGGGUUUGAAAAGUGUUACCAACAGUGUGUAAGGUGCUGCACAACUUUCUUGCAACGAAUCGGUUAAACCUUUGGCCAAUUAUGUGACUGAAAUAUCGAACUGUCAGUUCUGACAUUCAGUGCAAAAAUAAAUCGUGAAACUUCUACUUGACGUAGAAGGAUGCUUAA